UCUCCUUCUCUCAAAAGUUUCUGGCUGCAGGGGGCUUCCCAGUCACUUUUUAUCUCGAAAUACACUUUUCUUUCUAGUUGGUAAAUUUCAGCGCUGCGUCGGGUUCUGGCAUCCCACUUCCUGUUGUGGUUUGUGAUCUUUAGCUGGGCUCAGCUAAUUUGUUGUGACAGCUGUCAGCAACAGCGUCUUUCUUCUCUCUCUCUCUUUGGUUCCCAGAAGAAUCUGCCUGUUUUUCCCCUUCCCCGUCACGGCCUCCAAAGGGUUAAGCGGAGGUAUUGUACAGUGUGUACGCAGAAUUCGGGUUCCAUUGUACUCUGUCAUUUCCCGAAAGCGGCUCACGCUUGUACUUUGAAGAUGCUAACGGCCCCUCCUUCCGAGCCAAGAAAUGCUUUGACCUUUUCAAGAACACUUUUUUUUUUUUUUCCAACCAAUACGGCCGUGUAGAGGAAUGAAGCGAAGCUAUUCCCAUUUGCCCCUCACUGGAGCACAUACACGCACACAUACCUUGGUAGUUAGUGUGAACAAGAUAAAUGUUCAGUAGUGGGCGUGUGUGUGACUCUGGAAAUUGCAGAUUGCUGCUGUAAAAUACAAACAUCCACUGUCACUGUUGGCAAAGGCAGAACCAAAAAUCCAAAAUACCAGAGGACUCUGCUGUUCCGGAUUAGAUUAGAGUCCUCUUUCCUUGAGGAUUUAGUUAAUGUACUCUCCCUUUCUCUAUGCACUGGAAUAUGUAUGAGGUUGAGCACCCCCUGCUGCCCCCUUGGGUAGGGUUUAGAUGAGCUCAUGGGUCAUUGCCAUCUCUAAUUUCUGUAAUUCCCUGAAGUUUGGGAAUGGAUUUGCUGCACUUUCUGCCUUGCUGACAUUGGUGCCCUGCUGGUUUCUCGCUCUCACUCUUGUUUGUACUGAGUCUUUGAUUUGUUAGCAAGGUUGGGUUGCUUUUGGUUUAAGGUUUCUUUUUGUAGCAGGGUAAUCUCAUGGCUGAAGCACAGGGGUCGGAGCCUGGAGAACUGGCUUCUAUUCCUUGCUCUGCCAUUGUGCGACCUUGGGCGAGUCCCUCCCUUCCCCAUUCCAUGCCUCAGUUUCCCCACCUGUAAAAUGAUGGUUAUGAUACUGCCCCAUCACAUGUGAUGCUGUGGUGUCGACAUUAAUCCACUAAUGAUGGAAGGAUAAAGCACUGAUUUUGAGCAGCAUGUCCAGCUCUCCUCUCUGGACUGGUGAGAGAACAGUGCUGGCAGAGGAAGGGACACCACCAUAAACUGUGUGAGCCCCCAACCAUGCAGAAGGGCAGCCCCAAAACAGGCACUUUGCCAUCCCAAUAAAACUGCCAAGCAGGGUCCUGCGCAGCUGCCUUGCAAAUAAACAGGUGCUUUUCAGUGUUGCAACCCAGAUAAGACGCAUCCCAACUGGCAUGAAACAAAGAACAGUAUAAUACUGGAUCCUCAGGAUAGGAAAUGGGGUGGGGGGGGAGGAACAACUGCUGGGAUCUGCAUAGGAAGAAUGAAGCGGGAGCAGCAGGACUCUGCAGAGCAGAGGGGCAGAUUCCUACAUGUGGCGUGAGCCAACUUGUGCUCUCACUCCUCCAUAUGCAACCCCCCUGAUGUCUCCAAUGUCAGCGGGGGCAGGGGUCUGCCCUGUUUAUAUAAGGAGAGGAGGGCACAGCUUGUCAACAAGCCAUGAUCCAUCCAGUGUAACUGUUAGGAGGACUCCCUAAUUAAUGGUGUUCGGCUUGCUUUGUAAUUAAUAAAAACACCUGCACUUGACUCCUUUGUUUAUUGGGAGUUGUGCUCUUGCGUCAGUGAGGGGUUCAGGUGUCUUUGUCCCUUCCUCUCCCUGCCUCUUCUCUGUGCCAUGUUGAUGAGCCCAGGCAGUUGGGGGGGGGGCGUUGACUCUCAGCCUUCCUCCCUCCCCCAUAGUGGCUCCUGCCAUAAGCCGGGUAAAAGACUCAAGCUGUUCUCUGCUCUGUUUCCCAAAGUUGUCAUCAUGUCCAGUAAUCCUCUCAGAAGCCGGGCUUGUUUUGGCUGCCGUGCGUGGUGAUCUCAUGCCCAGAGAACAUUAAACCGGCCAGUUUUCUCUCUCCUUUGUACAGUAUGUGAAAGCAUUUUAUGAGCUCGCUGACCCCGUGGGGCUGAGAACGACACACAGCAAACACGAACUGGAGUAGGCUGAGGGGCUGAGCCUUGGGAACAGAUCAGCCCUUGUUGUUGUUUGAAAAGCUCCAGAAGGAGAGGUGGAUAUUUCACCAGCGUCAGAAGGAGAGACUGAUGUGGCCUGGUUCUGAUCCACCAGUUCUGGUUCUGAUCUGCCCUCCCCUCAGCUUGGAAACGGGGUUUGUUGGAGUAGUGGGUGACCUCGGCCCGACAGAUGUUGCUCGUUCGGGCUCUGGCACCAGCAGAAGUGCAGAGUAGGAGGGGUUUUUUGUUUGUUUGUUUCUCUUCCUUCCUUGUUGUGUAAAUAGAAUCUAUAUUAAGCAGUUAUGCAACGUGGAAUGAAUCGCACAAGUGCAGAAAGGUGGGGUGGGGCCUCUGCCCUGAGUUCACAGCAGAUCAAGCACCAUUCCAAGCCCCUCAUUUCCAGAAACAUUGUGUAGUGUGGGAGUUGCUCGGCAAGGUUGCUUACUGGACCACAGCCGAAGACAAGCUAUGUCCCAGGUUCUGACGGGGUGGCCUCCGUGCAGUACCCACUAUGGCAAUCAGGGACCCUCCUCAGGACUGGAACUUGGCACUAGGACCUUGCUCUGCCACUGUCCUGCUGUGCAAUCGUAGCCAAGUCACAUCUCUGCUCAGUGCCUCAGUUUCCCCUCUCUCAAUUUAGAUUGUAAACUCUUCAGGGCAGGUAGGUGUCUGUGUAGCACCCAGCACGGUGGGGCCCUGGUCUCAGUGUGGCAUCUAGACGCUACAGUAAUACACCUCUUACAGUGUCCCGGCUGUGCUUCCCUUGGCCUGGCCUUUGGGCAGGAGUUUCCCGCUGGCUCUCUGGUCGGGGGUGGGUGUACUUUUUUGUAAUUGUUCAAUUGUCCGUUACUUUCGGGUUGGAUUAGCAGCACCACAGACCCAAAUGCUUGCUUUAGGCCAAAUGGGGACAGUGCAGGGCAGUCUGCCCAGCUCUACCCCCCUACUGACUUGGAGGGGUUGGGAUUCUUCUACGAGCCAGGUGGGAACUGGUGAGGACUAUUUAUUUAACUGCUGGGCAGUGGAGGGAGGUGGCUCUACCCCGCUCUCGCUGUCUAUGGGCUCUUGUUGAAGAACCUGAGGGGUAGGGGGUUCGACAGGGCAGGAGUGGUCAGGGGCUGCAGUAGACCUAAGACAGGUCCCCAUGUCUUGCGUUGUCUCAGGUAAUGACUGGGGAAGUGGAAGGGUCUCCCCACUUGCUCGCUGGGGCUGGGGGGAUUUCCCAUCCCUCCUCAGCAACUGGAGGGAGAGUGAGCCACCUGCCAGAGGCAGUUAGCCGAGCGUCUGGCAGGAACGGAUGUGGCUAAGGUGGGGAAGCGUUCACAGCACUGCACUGGCUCCCACAGCUCCAGGAAGCCACCCUGAAAGCGAAAGCAGUGGCCAGACGACCCACCGUCAGGAGCUGUUGACAAACACGGCAUGUCUCUGAACAGGAAGCAAGGCAGAUACCUGCGUCACAGAGGUCUCUGUUCUUGGAAAGCCUGCCUGUCCUCAGGCCCAGUCCAGGGCAGUGGGUUCCUCUGGCAUGUCCAAGGCUGAAGAGUGUCCCUCUCUGGAAUUCUGACUGGGUUCAGCUGGGGCCUGGCCCCCUGUGCAGAGCUGGGACCUCCCUCAAAAAAGAUGGCGUGUAGCAAUGAACCAUGGGCCCAAGCAUGAAAUCCUGAAAGACCUGACUGUUUCCCGAGUUCAGGGCUGUGCAGAUCUGGGCAUCCAGGUCUCCAUCCAUUGGAGAGGCCUGGACUGGGAAGUCUGGAUCCAGCUCCAGCUCUGCGCCCUGCAUUUGAGGGGCGGGAAGGUUGGAUCCUGGAUUAGUGAUGCUGGAAACUGGGGCCCUGUAGCAUUUGAGGGACUGAUCACAUGUAUUCCCUAGUACGUGCAUCUGUCUGGGCUGCAAAGGAGUGCUGGUGUCUCACUCUGCAGUGUGUGUGCAGAGUAUGGAGAGAACCUCCCCUUGAUUUGCAUGAUUGUUUGGGCCUUUCACUUCUCAAUGGUUUCUUCAUCUCCUCCCUUGGCCACAGCACUCAGCUUUAAAGGGAAGAGGAAGAAGAAGACAUCCACAAUGGAGGCUGCUGGGCCGGGGCCUGUGGAAGAGGCUGAUGCUGUGAAGCCUGGACCCGAGGGGAGCCAGAGCACUGUGGACCCGCUGGACCAAGUGGACUCGCUAGCACUGAAGCCAGACAGCAGCUCCGAAGAGGAGCAGAAGAGGUUGGUGGAGGAGAUGGGGGAUGAGCAGGCAUCGAGCAGGGAGAAAGAGGAGGAGCAGGCCUUCCUGGUCAAUCUCUACAAGUUCAUGAAGGACCGUCACACCCCCAUCGAGAGGGUGCCUCAUCUCGGCUUCAAGCAGAUUAACCUGUGGAAGAUCUACAAAGCCGUGGAGAAGCUGGGAGCGUAUGAGCUGGUCACAGGAAGGCGCCUCUGGAAGAACGUGUAUGAUGAGCUGGGGGGCAGCCCUGGAAGCACCAGCGCAGCCACCUGCACCAGGAGGCACUACGAGAGGCUGGUCCUCCCGUACGUGCGACACCUGAAGGGCGAGGAUGACAAGCCCCUUCCCCCCGCCAAGCCCCGGAAGCAGUACAAGGUCUCCAGGGAGCCCCGUGGGGAGCAGGGCGAUGAUGCAGCCGAAAAGAGCAAGAGAGUCAAGAAGGAGAAAAGUGGAGACCAGGUUUUGCCUGAGAAGGUGAAGCCGGAUGCCUCUGCCGCUCCCAAACAGGGCAGGGAGGCUGUGACGGAUGGCCCCGAGCAGAGCCGACCGGGAGACCGAGCUGAGGGGCUCCCCCUUUUGAACACCAAAGACUUGUCCAAGAGCCAGCCGUCUGUGAGCUGCCACAGCAACUGUAGGGCCCACGGCUGCUCCGAGGCCUACAAACGGCUCUUCUCCAGCUUCUACUUCAAAGGGAACCAUGGUAUCAUGUCUCCCUUGGCCAAGAAGAAGCUGCUGGCUCAAGUGAGCAAGGCUGAAUCCCUGCACUGUGAUGAGAGACACCUGAGCCAUUGCCCUGAAGGCAAGAAAUCCAGGUCUGCAGGGCUCCCCUGCCCCAGCCCAGAGCUCGACUCCAACAGGCCGUCAGUCAUUCAUCAGAGCAAAGAGGGAAGGAGCCCUGUGCCAGAGGGGGAUGAUGCCAAUGACCCAGCCCAAGCGUGUCACCCUCCUAACAAAGGGGAGGGGGCACCAUGCCCAAAGAGAUCUCUGAGCCCCAGAGGCAGCCAGAUAUUUCCAAGGACAGAGGAUGGGAGUUCAGGGCGCCAUCUCUCCCCUGCUCCUACCAUCUUCACUGGCCACUUCCACGCGUAUAGAAGUGAGGUUCUGAAACCCGUGAGCUGCCACCCCCUACGAGGCCCGAUGGAGUAUUUUCGUGGCUUCAAGGAUUUCCCAGAGUCUCUCUCCAUCUAUCAGCAGCCAGGCAAGGACCUGCAGCCACCCAGCCUCCCUCGGAAGAGGCAGGAGGGUACGGAGGGUUGUGUGGAGCAGCCAGAAGAUCUGCGCAGCAAAGCGAGCCAGGCUCCGCCUUCCUGGAGCAGAGACAGCCAGGGACCCUCUGCCUUCUAUAAAGGCGGCUCUGCAGGGAGCAAAGGCUUUCCCUACGCCAGUGUGAAAGCCUGCUGGGUCCCACCCAUGGCCAGCUUUGUCAAGGCCAGUCCCCAGCUACCCAAGAAUGGUGGGCUUGUCCAUCCCAUCCCACAGAGCCAGGUGGGCAGCCCUGGCCUGGGCCCCGGGCCGAGGAGCAAGCGCAGUCUGGAGGAGGAGGGCUUUGUUCAUGGGAAGAAGCUAAAGGCCGUCUCGCCUCUCGUCAAGGGAGUGGAGCCAAAGGACAAGCGCAGCAAGUCGCCGAGCCUCCAGCCGGGCCUGGCCAAGCCACAGGCUGUGGUGCCAAGCCCCAGCUUCCCAGCACCGCUCCCCUCCGCUGCAGGGCAGGACAGUUACAAAGGGACGAUGCUGAGGUUCCCGAUGAACUUUGGCACCUCCGCGGACCAUUUAAAGGGCCAGUCCUCUCCACUGAUCCCUUCGCUCUCUGUCAACCCAUUUGUCAUCCCUGCGUUUCCAGGCCACUUAUUAGCUGCCUCCACUCAAUCCUCAGACCUCUGCCGGCCGCUGGCUGCCAGCCUAGUGCACUACCCUACGUCUUACGACAGCUCGCUGCGGCACAGGCUAUACCCUGUCACAACGUGGCACAAUCAGCCAACAUACGCCUCCCCCCACGGGACCACCUUCCACCGGAACAACAAGCUGUAGCCACUGGCGUGGGCACUGCCCCUUAUGGGGAGAGAGGUUUUCUACUGAUGGUAGUGGGUCUCAGCCAGCCAUGGCGCAGGGGUAGGACACACAGUAACACUGGAGUUGCAGCUGUGCUGCAUCUCGCCUUUGGAGCUGCCCCAGUCCCGUGGCCUUGUAUUGCAAAGCGGUAAGAGAAUAUACGGACACUCUGGACCACGUCAUUUUUACUCUUGAUCUUUGAGCUUUAUUUGUAAUUGACAUCGUACGCUGGGGACUUCAACACAUACGUUGUGGGUUUAAAAAAAAAAAGGGGGGGGAGCAAAAUAGGUUCUGGAGAUUCCUCUUAAUGCCGGAGGUGACCCCAUUCACCUUGUAGUUGCUCAGACAAAUAGGUUCCAAAGUGCAGCGCGAACUUGGAUGUUGUUGGUCCAUGCUCCUUAAUAGCAGGACUGAAAAUAGGAGUGUAAAGACAGGGAGAGAGGAAAAAUUCAAAUGAAUUAACAAGUACUAUUUCUAGGGUAUCCCGAUAUGCCAGCUGAGUUUUUGGGGUGCUCUAUGAUCCAUGUUACAGAGCACUAGUUCUUCUGAUCUAAAAACAGAACAAGUUUAUUUCAGUUGAGUUGCCUCCAGGACAGGAAUCAUGGGUUUCAAUUUCCAGGGGAUUGGGGGAGGGGAGUUAAAACACCCAUUGGUUUUGCAGAACCCUGAAAUGGUUUGAGACGUUCCCAAGCUACUCCCAUCCCAACAUGACACUGUCUGUGGAGGUUCCUGUGGAUCUCUCCAAAGGCUGCAUUGGUCUGGUUGGAAGCAUCUAGGUGUCUACAAUAAAACUGCCCAAGAUGGUGCAAAAUGG